UGUCGUCCGGCCCCUCCAGCCCUCGCACAGCAUCCCCGAUGUCACACGCAGGCCGUUGUCGGGCCUCUAACCUUGGCUUUACGCAGUGCGCAUGUGCGCUCCCCUGCCUCAACGACUGCCCGUCAGUCAGGAGCCGCUUAGUGCUCCUGAAUUAGCGCACACACACGUAUAUACUGCACAGGGAGAAACCAACAACAGACAUGAGCUUCACCACUGAGGAGCGGGGCAGGCCGAACACCCAGGACUACAGGGUGUUCUUCAAAAACGCUGAGGGUAAAUACAUCUCUCCGUUCCAUGACAUACCCAUCUACGCGAAUGAAGCAGAGAAUAUUUUUCAUGCUGUUGUGGAGGUUCCGAGAUGGACAAAUGCAAAGAUGGAGAUUGCCACAAAGGAUGCGUUGAAUCCAUUGAAACAAGAUAUGAAGAAGGGGAAUCUUCGCUAUGUGGCCAACGUGUUUCCUCACAAAGGUUACAUCUGGAAUUACGGAGCUAUUCCUCAGACGUGGGAAGACCCCAACCACCAGGACAGUGACACAGGAUGCUGUGGAGACAAUGAUCCUAUUGACAUAUGUGACAUAGGAAAUAAGGUGUGCUCACGAGGAGAGAUAAUCAAAGUGAAGGUUUUGGGAACUCUGGCUUUGAUCGAUGAGGGCGAAACAGACUGGAAGGUCAUUGUGAUCAAUACUGAGGACCCUGAAGCCGGCGACUUUAACAAUAUCGAUGAUGUGAGAAAACUUAAGCCUGGAUAUCUGGAGGCAACGGUUGAUUGGUUCAAAAGAUAUAAAGUCCCAGAUGGGAAACCUGAAAACCAGUUUGCUUUCAAUGGAGAGUUCAAGGACAGGGACUUUGCCAUUGAAACUGUUAAGAGCACCCAUGAGUUUUGGAAGGCACUGAUCUCUAAGAAAACUGGUGCUGGCGAGUUAAAUUGCAUGAACACCAAUGUCUUGGACAGUCCGUUCUGCUGCUCCGCUGGGGACGCAGAUGCUGUGGUUGAGUCUACAUGCGCUUCUGGGCCUGAAGAUCCUAUUCCAAGUUCAGUCGACAACUGGUUCUACUAUGAAAAGUAAAAAGGAAAACCCCAGGCAGAAGCAUGAAGAUGUGAUUUUUAUUGGACGUCAUGUUUCCCCUGCUUUUUGUUCACACUUUUUGUUGUUAUUUUCAAAACUGCUUGUUUGUGUGAUUGUGUGUAAUAUUUAGUCCAAAUGAAAGCAUCUAUAUGCUAUUUUCAUCAAUCUUGUUGUAAGACAGUAGCCCAAUACGUUCAGGCUUGACAGAACUCUAAUAAAUCACACUAAAACCUUG